UUAGAAGCACUCAUCACGACUCUGGCAUUGCAGGCAAUGCCUCUCACCUGCCUGGUGCUUCUCCUGCUCCAGAAUGCCCCAGGUGUGGGUGCCCAGAAGUACCCGGACUUCAAGCUGCAGCAGUCCCAGGGCCCAGUGGUGGUGAUCAAAGGGGAGAUGCUGACCCUGAACUGCACAGUGUCUGAAUCGGGUCCUGUUGGCCCUGUGAAUUGGCUGAAGGACCAGGGCAGCAGCAAUCAAACCAUUUAUGAUCAGAAAGGCUCCUCCCAACGUGUGAUGAGAGCAGUCAAUGUGUCCGAAACAGACUUCACCAUCCACAUCAGGGAUGUUCGUCUUGAGGACGCCGGCACCUAUUACUGUGUGAAGUUUCGCAGAAACACCUCUGGUGAUGAGGUGUUUAAGAGUGGUGGGGAAAGUCCCACCUCCAGCACGGGCAUCCUGCAGGUCGCUGUCCCAGCCCAGUGGCACCCAGAGGCAGCUCCACUGAACACAGCGGUGCACGAAGCUGCAGGGCGAGCUGGGCGGAGCUCGGUGCUCUGCGGGCUGCCAAUCCCACACUGUGUCCGUACCCACACAGGUGCCAUUCUCCUGUCCAGCCCCGGCUUAUGGCUCGGCCUGCUGCUGGAUAAGGCGCUCCUCGCCCUCGUCCUCUUCUUCUUCUUCAAGCGCUUCCUGCCCUGA